AGCAGCAGCUCUCCACAAUAACAGUGUUGACGUCAACUGAGCCACAGUCUCCCGUUGGAGAUUGAGCUGCGAACUGCGAGAGAGAGAGAGGGAUAGAGAUAGAGAGGACUGGAGGGGAUAGACUAAGCGGCGGUGGCUGAGGCAGCCAUCUUAGAUUUUUGCCGAGUUUACAGAGAAUACAUUCCCGGAUUUUUUUUUCCAUGCACUCCUUGAGAAAAUACGUUUUGAUUUACCAGAAAUAAGGACGCCACUCGUUUGUUUUUUUUUUAUUUUGCUUCCAUUUUUUGUGUAAAAACGACAUGCAUUUCCGAAGACAUAAACCUCCAGCAUCUGUAGGCUGGCUGGUCCUUGGAUUAUUUUUUGCGGUAGAGGCAGCGAAAGUUAAUAAGCAUAAACCGUGGAUUGAAACGACGUAUCAUGGCAUCGUCACGGAGAACGACGACAAGGUGCUUCUGGACCCGCCCUUGAUCGCUCUGGACAAGGACGCGCCGCUGCGCUACGCAGAGAAUUUUGAGGUGACUGUCACCAAAGAAGGUGAGAUUUGUGGGUUUAGGAUCCAUGGGCAGAACGUGCCCUUCGAAGCGGUGGUCCUGGACAGGUCCACCGGCGAGGGGGUCAUUCGGGCCAAAGACAAGCUGGACUGCGAGCUGCAGAAGGAGCACACCUUCACCAUCCAGGCCUUCGACUGCGGGGAGGGGCCCGACGGGGCCAGCGUGAAGAAGUCCCACAAGGCUACAGUGCACAUUCAGGUGAACGAUGUUAACGAGUACUCGCCAGUUUUCAAGGAGAAGUCCUACAAGGCCACCGUCAUUGAGGGCAAGAAGUAUGACAACAUCCUGAAAGUGGAGGCAGUGGACGCCGACUGCUCCUUCCAGUUCAGCCAGAUCUGCAGCUACGAGAUCGUGACCCCUGAUGUGCCCUUCACCAUUGAUAAAGAUGGCUACAUAAAGAACACGGAGAAACUGAACUACAGCAAAGAGCGUCUGUACAAACUGACUGUGACCGCCUACGACUGUGGCAAAAACCGAGCAUCCGAGGACGUCCUCGUCAAAAUAAACAUCAAACCCACCUGCAAACCUGGGUGGCAAGGCUGGAGUAAGAGGAUCGAGUACGAGCCAGGCACAGGAAGCCUAGCCCUGUUUCCCAGCAUGCACUUGGAGACCUGCGAGGAGCCCAUCACGUCCAUCCAGGCUCAUAUUGAACUGGAGACCAACCAUAUCGGCAAAGGCUGUGACAGAGACACCUACUCAGAGAAGUCCCUUCACAGGCUGUGCGGGGCCAGCUCUGGCACAGUGGAGCUCCUCCCAGCCCCCAGCAGCACAGCAAACUGGACGGUAGGGCUGCCCACUGACAACGGGCAUGACAGUGACCAGGUCUUCGAGUUCAAUGGCACCCAGUCCAUUAAGAUCCCCGAGGGUGUGGUGACCACCAGCUUCAAGGAGCCCUUCACUAUCUCUGUGUGGAUGAGACACGGCCCCGGAGCCAAGGAGAGGGAGACUGUGCUCUGCAACUCCGACAAGACAGCAGAGAUGAACCGGCAUCACUAUUCUCUCUACGUGCACAACUGCCGCCUCGUCUUCCUGUUCCGCCAGGAGCCCGCGGAGACGGAGAACUACAAGCCUGCCGAGUUCCACUGGAAGUUGGACCAGGUGUGCGAUAAAGAGUGGCAUCACUACGUCCUGAAUGUCCCCGGCGUGUCCCUGUACGUGGAUGGCGUCUCGUACGAGCCCUUCCUGGUCACUGAGGACUACCCCCUGCACGCAUCCAAGAUCGAGACGCAGCUGACCGUGGGCGCCUGCUGGCAAGAGUUGACAGGACAUGAGAAUGACACUGAGACUGUCUCUGAGGCUGUGUCAGGUGGCAGUGUGCGCAUGACCCAGUUCUUCCGUGGGAACCUCGCCGGUUUAAUGAUCCGGUCUGGGAAGCUGGACAACAAGAAAGUCAUUGACUGUCUGUACACCUGUAAAGAAGGCCUGGACAUCCAGGUCCCUGACGAAGUGGGUAGCAGUGUGAAGGUGCAGUUCAGCCCCAGCCAGUCCUCCCUGGUGAUGGAGGGAGACGACAUCGAGAGCUUCGACCGGGCCAUGCAGCACGUCUCCUACCUCAACUCGCGCCAGUUCCCCACGCCAGGGAUCCGCCGGCUGCGCGUCACCACCACAGUCAAGUGCUUCAACGAGGAGACCUGCAUCUCCGUCCCGGACGCCGAAGGCUACGUCAUGGUCCUGCAGCCCGAGGAGCCCAAGAUCAGCCUGAGCGGCAUCGACCACUUCGCCCGCUCCUCCUCCGAGUUCGAGAGCGGCGAGGGGGUCGCCCUCUUCCCCGAGCUGCGCAUCGUCAGCACCAUCACCCGCGAGGUGGAGCUGGAGGGCGAGGGCGAGGAGGACCCCACAGUCCAAGAGUCUGUGGUUUCGGAAGAGAUCAUGCAUAACCUGGACACAUGCGAGGUGACCGUGAUCGGGGACGAGCUGAAUGCCGAGCAGGAGUCUCUGGAGGUGGAUCUGGCCCUGAUCCAGCAGAGGGGGCUGGAGAUGAGCAGCUCCAAUCUGGGCAUGAUUAUCACAGGAGUGGACACCAUGGCAAACUACGAGCAAGUCCUGCAGCAGAUCCGCUACAGGAACUGGCGCACUGAGUCCCUCUUCGACCGCAAGUUCAAGCUGGUCUGCUCCGAGCUGAACGGCCGCUACAUCAGCAACGAGUUCAAGGUUGAGGUCAAUGUGAUCCACACAGCCAACCCGGUCGACCACCCGAACAACGCCAUGGCCCAGCCUCAGUUCAUCAACCCCGUCUACCACGCCUCUGUGGACCUGUCAGGGCACAACCUGGUCACAGCCCCUCAGUCCUCAGUGGUGCCCAGCGCCGCCACCAUCGUGAUCGUGGUGUGCGUGAGCUUCCUGGUGUUCAUGAUCAUCCUGGGCGUGUUCCGGAUCCGGGCGGCCCACCAGCGCUCCGUGAGGGACCAGGAGAGCGGGAAGGAGAACGAGAUGGACUGGGACGACUCCGCCCUCACCAUCACCGUCAACCCCAUGGAGACCUACGAGGACCAGCACAGCAGCGAGGAGGAGGAGGAGGAGGAGGAAGAGGAGGACAGCGAGGAUGGCGAGGAGGACGACAUCACCAGCGCCGAGUCGGAGAGCAGCGAGGAGGAGGAGGGAGGGGUGGAGGGCCAGCAGAGUGGCAGCAGACAACAGCAGCUGGAGUGGGAUGACUCCACACUCACCUACUGACCCCACACACACACACACACACCUACACACACACACGCAUGCGCACACACACACACAACACCUGGCCCACCAGCCAGGAUUCCACACAGCUGCAAGGACCCAUGGUGUACAGAAAAUUCCACUCAAGACAAAAUAAUUUAAAAUCUGGUGUUGUGGUGACUGGUGUUGCUGCUUAAGUUUUUAAUAUCUAGUGGCCAAGGUUUGCUUAGUCAUGGCACAUGCUUAUUCUAGUACAGUCGUAUUUAAUAAAAGUAGAAGGUGCCACACUCGGCAUCCCAAUAAUCGGGCAAUCACCGAUUUUUUUUCUUUUCUCUACAGACUUUUGCCCUGGCCUCUAGGUUUUUCAUUUGGUUGACUCCACAUAAGAAACCACCUUGCACUUUUCUUCGCUGCCAUCUCUGCAAAACAAAAGAGAAAAAAUGGGUAUAUACUGCACAUGUGUUUCUUUGUCUUUUUUGUGUACGACAGCAUAAAGAAGCAUUUCCUCUCUGCCGUUAGACGAAAAUGGUGAGGCAGUACCGACUGCUCAUACUGGGCUUUUUGUUUCUCUUUCUAGUGCAUGGGAAAUGUGUCAAUGAGGUCAGUAAUGUAGAGGAAUAAAUUACUUUUUAAUAUUUUGUAAAUACAGCAAGAACAUGUAAGUAGUCAAUGUGGUAGUGAAGACUGGGAUUAGAAGACUGGGUCCAAUAUACAAAGUGGUGCGCUAUAUUCUGUAGUAUACUUGUCACUACAACUAUAGCAUGUUUCAGAACAAAUUGGCUAAGAAUUUUCGUCAUGCUUGUAUAAAAUGUGCUUUUGAGAAAGAAACCCAUGACAAGAGGUUUCUCCGACUGGAGUGUAGUUUAUUUUUAUUGUUGGGGGUGGGGUUGGGAAAGUUUAGAUGCUACACUUAAUCAGAAUUCACCAGGCUUGUGCAAAUUAAAAAACGACGACGAAACACGUGAUGGCUUAACUGUAUCUGCUUUUUAAAAAGAAAAAAUAACAGUGGCAUAUUGUUGGCAUUUGUCCGAUCGUGAAGACAGCGCUGUACGGUUUUGCAUCCUUUAUUUUCGUUUUGUGCAAUUGUACGGGAGCAAGGAGGCGAUGGACUGGAAGUGGGCGACGUCGCCUUUCUCUUCCCCAUCGGAAAACCUUGAUGGUUCCGUCUCGGCUCACAGGUUCACUGUGGGAAAACUGGAGUGGGAACUUCCGGGCGAUUCCUGGUUUGGAAGGACUCGUUCAGCAGGUGCGCUUGCAGCCAGACGCUCUUCUAGCGAGAGAUUUUAAAUAUGAAUCUUGGGUCAUUCUACAUUUCCAGUGACUACAAAUAUAUAUUCCUUGUACAUGAAACUGUACUGUAGUUGUUUUAAACUAUAUGUUUACAUUUGGUAAACUUGUGCUCCUUCUGGUAAUAGUAUAAAAAUUAUACAAUGAAUUUGGAAGAUUUGUUGAAUAUGAUUUUUUUAAGAUAUAUAUUUUUUUUCUUCUCAAAAUGCUACCUGUUUUACUCCUUAUUGUUCUCAGAACCUGGAACGGGUUUCUGGAAGGCCUUGUUUGUUAGCGGUAUGGGCAUCUUUAAUGUUGAAAUGAUCUGCUGUCUGCAUGCAGGUUUGUGAAAGCAUGUUUAGCUGCAGUGGGAGAGGUUGGGGUUAGGAUGAAUUAGAAACUACAAGGGAAAUAAAUAGUGGUGAAGUUAGAGGUCUCCCUUUGUGUUUCUGGAGAGCCCCAGUACAGUUGUAUGCUGUAUGUCCCCUGUUUCUAAAAAUUGUAAACAACUGUAAUUUUCUGAUUAAUUGAGCAAGUGGUCUGUUCAAAUGAGAGAACUUUAAGGCCUGAAGGGGUUUUAGAGACCUAAACUCUAAUCUCCAAAUUGUACAGUUAAAUCUCCUGCUUUAUUGAUCACAAUGCCAUUGGUCCAAGUUUUUAGAAAUGGGAUCUAGUGUUGAUUUGUACUACCUGCUGGACUGGGGCUCCUCAAGACCAGGGUCGGUGUUGUAGCAGGAUCGAAAGUGGGCGACGGGUAUGGUGGGUUUUUAAUUUCUCAAGCUUGUCUACGUAACGAGCCCUGGAUGGCGAGUAGAUCUGUCGAGCAGAUUUCAGAAGUACGUUUGGGAAGAUUUUGUUUUUGACUGUUUCAGAUUACACAGUUGGGAGUUGCAAAAUGGCCUUUUGGAAAUAGGAUGCAGCUUGUGUUGUAGAAUUGUUGUUUGGGGAAAAUGAAGGUUACACACACACAAUUAGUUUCUGGAGGGCUCUCCCCGUUUUCUAACGGAGCCUGGAGAGAGAAGGCAAACUCGAUCACAGACUUCUGCUUCUUUCACUGGUAUGGGGAGUGCCUUUUGCCCUUUCACAACACUAAUUUAGCUCUAGACAAAACAAGAUGUCCAAAUGGUUUUAGUUGUGGCGGAUUUAUAGUUUUGUAAAUUAUUAAAUGCUAGGCUUCUUAACAAAUCCGGGGAAUUGGUUUUAUUUAAUUAUUUUUUACGUUACUCAUAAUGAUGAAAAAUCCUAGUUUUAUCAAAAGUGAAAGUUUUUAAUCGUCUCAAAUAGGUGUCUUGUGUUCUUGUUGGAGUGUACAAAAAUUAGGUCUUUCCAUAUGCUGUCAUCUUUAGAUAUUGUACUUUAAAACUUUCUGAAGACGUUGUACAUUAUGCUAUAUGUAGCAAACGUGGGUAUACAUUUUCCAAAUCUGUAUAUGGUAAUAGGUGUUUCAACAGUUCUUAAGCUGCAAUGCAUUUCCAGUACUAAAUACUGUAUAGGCGUCUUACCUACUGCAGAGGCCAUGGGUGAGCAAGGCUGUGUGAAAUUCAUAUCAAUAAUAGUGCUUAAAAUGAAAGAGCCAGCUAUUUUUAUUAGCUCCUCCCUCUACGACCAAGAAAUAAUAAUUGCUCAACAUUCAGUAUGGGGAUUUGUGAUAACCAAAUUUUUGUUUUUUACACUCUGACAAUAUAAAAAUGAUGCUCGUGUCGAUACGUUAACAAAUAUCAUAGUUACAUUUAGGGUCAUGUAUCCUGUUCCUGCAGGGUCCAAUAAUCCACAUUAAUCUCAUCUCCUAUUUACACAUUUCUAAAGAUUUGAGAACGCUUGAGCAAGUUAUUGAUCUGCUAAGAAGGUAAUCUGUUCAGUUAGAGAAACUUAAGUUCCUUGAGGACCGACGGGUAUUGAGAUUUGUCCAAAUCUCAGGAUUUCGUGAUGUUUUAAUGUUUCACGGUGAAAUUGUCCCCGGCCCUCAGGACUGAAGCUGAAGGCCCUUGGGAAGCGGCUGAAGCUCAUUCGUUAGGUAGCCAUCUUCUGCGUUGGGCGUAGCCAAGUCCUUUGCGUUGGGAAUACUGCAUCAGAAGGGUACCCUCCCCCAAAUGCUUCUCAGUCUGAGGUGCAACUUAAUUCGCGUUGAAGGAGAACAAACAAAUUGUGUCAGAGUUCCGUCUUCUCUGAUGUCAGGUAUGCUCAUCUCUGCUGUGCUCUGUGGGAUUAAUAUUCCCGACAUGACCAGGUUUUUCUUUGAACCCCUGAAAUAUGUGUGUAUGGACACUAAGACACAGUCUUUGCAUACAGUUUAUUCAAGCCUAUUUUUGUGUUAAGUACCAUAUAGAAUUAAAGGGUUGGGUUAGGGGGUUAUACCAGUUUAAAUAUUGUGAAACAGUUCAUUGCAAAUAUACUACUGAUUUUCAAGUAGGUCUAAAUGAUCCAGAUCUUUACAAGCUGCAGUUACACGUUUCCUGUGGUGUGAUUGCCUUCCAUCUGUUUUAUUUUGUUUGUUUUUUUUGCCGUAAAAAGGAAAAGGACCGAAUGUCUUAACGACUGUUGGGAACUAUGUAUUUGGUGGGGCAGCAUUCACUUCGUGACCUACCAGGGUUGUACUGUGGCAAAACAUGCUUGCUCUUAAAAAAAUAAAGGAUAAAGAGAUGGAAAAAA